CGGUAUAUAAAUGUAGAUAUAUCUAACAUGUAGUUUAACCUUGAAUUUGAUAUCAUCGUUACAUAAUUCUACACAUUCUACACAUAAAUCAUAUUUAGUGUUAGGUAGGUGAUUAUAAAAAAAAAAUCUAAUUCGAUUUUUAGUUCAAAAUGUCUAAAUAUGAAUUUGUGUCUAUAAGUGAACCACUCGAUGUUGGUACCAGAAUCCAUUUUGAUGACUGUACAAAUAACGCGUAUUUCGUCGAUUUACCCAAUUCUGUUGUAUACAGGUACGAUUUGAAAAAUAAAAUUACCACGAAAGCGAAAGUAGGUAAUGAACCUUUGGGGUUCAUGUUUCCUGUAGCAGGAUCAAAUAAUAAAUUCAUAGCUAGUUUAACAAGAAAAUUAGUAUUCGUUGAAUGGGAUGGCGUAAGUCCCGAGGUAUCUAAAAUCGAACCGAUUACAGAAGUCGAAACGGAUAUGAAAGAUAAUCGAUUUAACGGUGGAAAAAUCGAUCCUUGGGGUAGACUAUGGGCAGGUACAAUGGGCCCCGCUGAUGAUAAAGGUGAAACAAUACCAAACAGAGGUGCUUUAUACAGUUUGGAAAAAGGAAAAUUGAAAAAAAAACUUUCGAAUAUUGGUAUCUCGAAUGGUUUAGCUUGGGAUACGAAAAAUAUGAAAAUGUAUUAUGUAGAUACGUUACAACCGAAAGUUUUCCAAUACGAUAUUUCAGAAAAUGGGGAAAUUAGUAACGAAAAAGUGGUUUUUGAAUUUAAUUCGAACGGUAUAGAUGGAAAACCGGACGGUUUAACCAUUGAUAAAGACGGUAAUUUAUGGGUGACGGCCAUAUUUGGAUCAGUUAUUGUUAAAUUCAAUCCCAAUAAUGGAAAUAUGCUAGAUAAGAUAGUAUUCGAUACACCACAGCCUACCUCGAUAGCCUUCGGUGGUAAAAAUCUUGACGAAAUGUUCGUAACCACUGCGAGAAUUCCUGUAGGGAACGUAAUUCCACCUAGUCCUGCCGGUACAACUUAUAUUAUAAAAAAUACUGGCACCACUGGUUUUAAAGGAGAUAGAUAUAAAGAAUAACACUAAACAAUUUAUAAUUCUUCUAAUUAGGAUGUGAAAUAAGAGUGGAAUUAUGAUUUUAUCGACAACUACUUAUUAAACGAACAACUCACAUUAAUGGCGUCGAAGCGACUACUGUCUUAGCGCCAAACGUACACAAUCUCGGUUCUCGCAGUGUUGCCGUUGUUAAAAAAUUUUAUCCCAAUCAUAAUUAUCCUGAACGAUGUUUGUAUGUAUUACAAAUUUUAAUAAACACGUAAAUAAAA